GGGAAGGGAGGGCAGGGGGCGGACUACACCUCCCGCCGGCCCCGCGGCAGCGCGGCGCUACCUGUCCCGGCAGGUGAGCGCCCGACGGGGCUCCUUCCUCGGGCCUGCGGCUCCUCCUCCUCCCCGCCCCGCCGCAGGCCCGCCCGGCAGCCGCGAUGCCGUUCCCCAGCUCCGGCGCGGACGAAGCCUUCGACUACCUCUUCAAGAUCAUCCUGAUCGGCGACUCCAACGUGGGGAAGACGUGCGUGGUGCACCGCUUCAAGACAGGGCAGUACAACGAGAAGCAGCAGAACACCAUCGGCGUCGACUUCACCGUUCGCUCGAUGGAUAUCGACGGCAAGAAAGUGAAGAUCCAAGUGUGGGACACAGCCGGUCAAGAGCGCUUCCGGACAAUAACCCAGUCUUAUUACAGGAGUGCCCACGGGGCCAUCCUUGCCUAUGACCUUACUAGGAGGUCCACAUUUGAAUCCAUUCCUCAUUGGAUUCAUGAAAUUGAAAAGUAUGGUGCUGCAAACUUGGUCAUGAUGUUAAUUGGGAACAAAUCGGAUUCUCUGGACAAGCGCCAAGUGCUGUUUGAAGAUGCCUGCACCCUGGCAGAGAAGCACGGGCUCUUGGCUGUGCUGGAAACAUCAGCAAAAGAAGCUCAAAACAUAGAAGAGGUGUUCACAUUAAUGGCUAAGGAGCUGAUAGCCCGAAAUACCUUACAGCUUCAUGGGGAGAACCCUCCAAACAGCUUCAGUCUUGACUCCAGGCCAGUGAUUGCCAGUCCAAGUGUGGAGAAGACCCAGUGCUCCUGUUGAAGAGAGAUUUCAAGAAGAACUUGGAAACUGCCAUUCUUCUGAGGCUGUUUGUUUCAGUUUUGUUCAGUUGAUGAAAGUGUUCUAUGUGGCCUCAAGCCAUCUCUCUUGAUAUUUCUACCUUGCAGUUUGGCUUGUGAGUAUUUCCAGAGAUCAUUGUUGCUGUUGGUAGCACAGGUUGCUUUGAACGUAGCAAUGUGAACUUCCGAGAUGAGAGGACUCAGGAAGCUGCCAGCCCUUGCCUUAACCAAAGAGAACUAUAAAAAUCAUUGCCUUUAAUUAUUUCCUUACAUGUCUUUCUGGCUGAGUCAGAAGAUAAAUUUGCACCAGAGUUCUGCACUGACCCUUCUAAGCUGUGUUGCUGGUUUUUAAGUACAAGCACUUUCCUCUCUGCCAGUAGCUGUAAAAAGUCUGACACUUGCUUGGACAGCACUAACCCACUCCUGCCUAAACUUUCAUUUAAGGACUCUCCUGAUGUCAGGCAGGUAGCCACUCAUCCCAAGGAGCUUAAUAACAUUUGUGAAAGAGUGCAGGAUUUCACAUCUGCCCUGAGUUCCUCACCAGACAAACCUGGAGUGGCAUAGCAGCCAGAAUAUGAUACACUUGUUCCUGGGGUGAGAAAAGUUGCCUUUCACUUUGCUUUGUAAUAGUCAGGAUUGUUUCCAGCACUGAUCUCCAUCUUGCUACAUGGACUUGCUGGCAAGCAGCAAAGCUUCCAGUGAAAGGCCCUUUUUUUUUUCAUUUUUCAACCUCAGCUUGCUUUUGAUGUGCUGAUAUUAACCAAAAGCCUUCUGUAGCUUGUGUGAUGGGCCAAUGGCAGCUUGAGAGUAUCCUUGUAGAUUUUCAAGGGGGUGUGAAGGAUGGAUGCAACUCCUGUAAAACUCAGCAAGGGGUGAGAUGGUUUAAAUUAGGUAUAAAAUUAAAAAUUUAGAUUGUGUUAGAGCAGUAAGGCAAUGGUAUGGAGUGCACCAGAGAGCUGCCCGAGGUGAGUAUGUCUGCUGCUGCUGUGGAGACUGAACAUGGUGGUAGCAGUGGAAGGUUUUGGAUUGCUCCUCCCAAUUGCAAACUCUGCUACUUGGGGCUUGCUUUUCUGUAUACUUGAAUUGGUUUGAGCUGGGUUUUUUUGGUGAGGGUUUUGAGGUUUUUUUGAGUUUUUUUUCUGUUGUUUGCAAGUUUUUUUCCCAGUAGAUGGAAACAGGGAAGGAGGAGGAGGAUGAAAGAAAAAUCAGAGGAGUUUUUUUUGACUGCAGUCCACAUGUACCAAAGUGUAUCACUUAGUUGCUGUUAAGCUAUGAACUACAACUCAAAGUCUGCAAUGAUAAAACACAGUUUGUGUUACAUGUAAAGCAGCCUUGGGAAUGCUGGGGCGUUGCCAGCUUACCCAAUGGCUGGUUGCCCCUGUUUCCUAAGUCCUUGAAAAAUAGGGAAAAACAUGUAGCAAGUAUUGCUGGAAAAUAUUGUCUGAGAAGCACAAAAAAAUAAAGGAGAAUGAAUCAUUAAA